UUAUAAAUAUUUCUGGCGGCAUUUGAUGAAGCAUAUCAGUAUAAAAUGACGAGGGCUUCGAGUCUUCGUACGUUUAAUUGCUCGCAUUCUCUCCCUGUGACCGAUUGGGGUUCGGAGACCCACCUUUCUUUUCCAAGCUUCAAACCCCUUCUUUCUCUCGCAUUCUUAUAUAUUGUAGAGGGAGAGAGCGCGAGGAGGAGGAGAGUGUAUGGCGGCCGGGAUCUCCGCCGCUGUUACUUGCGGCCUCGGCGGAAACCCCUUUCUAAGCUCGCCGCGGCGCCGCCUGGCGACCGGCGACUGCGUCCAGCUCUACGCGCCCCUUCCCCUCUGCCGCCGCCGCCGCUCCUCCAUCAUACCCUCGGCACUCCAGCCCUGGAAGCAGCGGAGGCCGGCCGCGGCGGUCUGCUUCGUCGUGGGGCAGAGCGGGAGAUCCGAGAUCACGGAGGAAACGGGGAUCUCGGAUGCGGCGGCGGCGGCGGCGGCCGCGGAGGAAGAAGAGCGGCGAAUCUUGCUGAACCGGACGGCGGAGAAGAUGGCCAGGAAGCAGUCGGAGAGGCGGACAUACCUGAUGGCGGCGGUGAUGUCCAGCCUCGGCAUCACCUCUAUGGCCAUCGCCGCUGUCUACUACCGAUUCUACUGGCAAAUGGAGGGAGGGGAGGUUCCGGUGACGGAAAUGUGGGGCACGUUUGCCCUCUCCGUGGGCGCCGCGGUGGGAAUGGAGUUUUGGGCGCGGUGGGCGCACCGGGCGCUGUGGCACGCUUCCCUGUGGCACGUGCACGAGUCCCACCACCGGCCGCGCGACGGGCCCUUCGAGCUCAACGACGUCUUCGCCAUCAUCAACGCCGUCCCCGCCAUCUCCCUCCUCUCCUUCGGCUUCUUCAACCGCGGCCUCCUUCCCGGCCUCUGCUUCGGCGCCGGUUUGGGAAUUACGAUCUUCGGGAUGGCCUACAUGUUCGUCCAUGACGGGCUGGUCCACCGGCGGUUUCCGGUGGGCCCCAUUGCCAACGUGCCCUACUUCCGUCGAGUGGCGGCCGCUCAUCAGAUACAUCAUGGGGACAAGUUCGAUGGGGUUCCAUACGGGCUGUUCUUGGGACCGAAGGAGCUGGAGGAGGUUGGGGGAGUGGAGGAGUUGGAGAAGGAGAUUAAUAGGAGGAUUAAGCUCUAUAACAACAACAGAGAUGCCAGUGGCUGAGGAUUUUUCUUUUCUUUUUUUUUUUUUUUGAUGUAAGUUCUUUUGUGGUCAGAGUUUAGUCACUGUUGGGACAUCUUUCUUGCUUUUAGGGUGGAAGGCGGAAAGAUAAAGGAGUUUAUGAAGAAAUAAUCUGUUCGGCUUUGUGGAAAAUGAUAUGCAUCGUACCAUGAUUGCCACGUUUGUGAUAGUGGCGGUUAUGCUUCAUCCUUUGAAUUGUCGUUCAAUGUCGAUGGCAGGGCCAAAAAUUCUAAAAAAGUUAGGCUUUGUAAAGCAUCCAACCCUUUCUAGUUUUUGUGUAUCAUACUAUUUUACCAAGGAAAAUGGUUUAUCCCUCCAAAAA